AAAGUACCACACAGUUUUUCACGACAUUGAGAGCAUAAUUUUUACGGUAAGGUAGCCGAGGCCUUAAUUAGGAUUUUACCCAUGAUUUGUGGUUAUUUUCGCUUGUUGAACCAAACCUUCAGAAACGUACAUAAAGUUCAUAUUUUAUGGUAUGCUGUCAUUAACUUUGUGAAAAGUCUAAAACCGUCUUGUUGUGUUAAUUGUAGCGCGUGUGCUAUGUAAAUCGGGUUUUUGCAUAAUUUUAAUACUGGCAGUCUUUCGUACGGUGAAUGACGCAAUACACGCAGCGGGAAUAUUAAUCGUUACUUUAUAUAAAACUGUUGACUGUUGCAUUUCCGCCCUGUAAUCCCCGCAUCAAUAUGCUGACCGUGCCAUUUCCACACCGAUCAACCCGCCAUCAAUAGUCACCACCCUGCACAAUACGGCCCAUAAAUAAUAUUUAAAAUUCUUCCUAUUACAACAGCCGCUAUCUGCCACUUCCGCCGGUGUGCCAACAUUGGUGUACACACGUGUAGCGCCGCAACGUAACACUCUCUACUGUACACUUUACGUUGGCGCUUUAUCGAUUUGUACUGCCUUUAAUUCCCACGUACGCUGCUUAACGGUAUGUACUCGUUAAGCGGUGCGACUGCGGGCUUGCUAAUCAGCCGCAGAUAAUCGGUUUUAAUAUCUUUCAAAGAAAAAACGCAAACGCGAUCAACGCCGGCUGAUUAUAUUCGCCGUGUACCGGCCAUUUUCACCAUCCUCCGGGCGCAUUGCACAAUUUCACCGCUUUUCCAAGUGCACUUAUUUCGGCCGAUAAAUCACGCUACCGAACUCGUUAAACUUUGGGCCAAAAACAAAAAUGCGGUAAAAAUCUCGUACUACGGCUUUUUUUAAAGCGGCCGUCGCGGCGAUGCACAGUCACCGGCAUCGCAUAUAAUUUCAUCUGAAUUUUUAUACUGAUUUUUUCUUGGAAUAUUUUGAUUUAUUUUGCCGGGAUAUUUUAUUUAUUUAUUUCCCGGCUACAUUAUGCGUAACGGACGCGUGUCGCAGGAGCGGGUGGCUGUUACAAUAAAGCCGGCGGAACCGCCGGACGGGGGCUUUGGGUGGGUGGUGGUGUUCGCCACGUUCAUGCAGCAUGUUAUCUCGUUGGGCGUGGGCUACACGCUGGGCGUGUAUUAUCCCUCGCUGCAGGAGGAUUUCAAAUCGGACGCCUCCACCACCGCCUGGGUGGCGGCCGCCCACCUGGCUAUGCUCUUCGGCAGCGGCCCGCUGGCGGGUUGGCUGGUGACCAAGAUCGGCACGGCGGCGGUGUCCUUCCUGGGCAGCAUCAUCUGCGGCGUGGGCUGUAUUAUUGCCGCCUACGCGCCCUCCAUCCUCGUCGUUAUCCUGGGCAUCGGCGCCUUUUCCGGUAUCGGCACCGGCUUGAUGUUCCUGUCGGCGGUGACGGCCGUCACCCGCUGGUUCUCCAAGAAACGCGCCCUGGCCACCGGGCUGGCGGUGUGCGGCGCCGGCUUCGGCGUCUUCGCCUUCUCGCCGCUCGUCCGCUUACUGAUCGUCCACUAUGAACGACCGGGCGCGAUGCUGAUCGAGGGCGGACUGGCGUUCAACGGGUGUAUUUUCGCUUUAUUGCUGCGACCGGUACCCACUCGGAGAAAGGUCACCAUUAAGCGGAGGACGGUGGAGCAUCUUCCGCUGAAAGUCUACGUUGGUCCACAUAAGAAUGUUAAUGCCGACGGGUCACCGUACAGUCCGGAAUCGUCCAACGGCGAAUUGUUAUAUAAUUCCGACGAGACGAAGCCGCUGCGCGAAGUCCCGACCCUGACCUCCAUGUCCAAAGCCCGCCGGGUGUCCAUCCUCCCGGACGUCCUCACCAUGCGCUCGGCGCUGUCCAACUGGAUCUUCUGGAUCUUCGCCGCUAACCAAUUCCUGACCUUUUACUCGGCCAGCGCCCCGCUGGUCUUUUUAUACAACCGCGCUGUGCGGGAUCUGAACAUUGACAAACUGGACGCCGCGUUCAUCUUGUCCAUCAUGGGGAUUUUCAACACCGUGGGGCGGCUGGGAUUCGGAGCGUUGGGCAAUGCGGUGCCGCGCAGCCGGCUGUAUUUGCUCAGCGCCAACAUUAUGAUGUACGGCGCGGCGACGGCGUUGAGUGUGCUGGGCCAGAGCUACUGGUCCGUGUGUCUGUACGCUGCGGUCUUCGGCACCGGCUAUGGCUGCAUGUUCGCCCUGACCACGGUGGUGCUGGUGGAUUUCUUUGGGAUAACGAUAUUCGGGCCGCUGUACGGGAAUAUUGGGGUGUUUCGGGGCGUGGCCUGCCUGAUUGGACCGCCGCUCGGAGGUUGGUUGGUGAUGGAAUUCGGGAACAGCCACUCCUUCGUCUUCGUCCUCACCGGCAUCCUGGGCUUUGUCGGCGGCUUCUUGCUGCUGCUGAUCCCCAUCGGGCGGCGGAUGGGGGCCGCGCGACGCCGGAAGGUGGUAAGAGACGAGAAAGACACCUACCGCCUCGAGGAGCUGGGCCAAUAAUUAUUUUCUUUAUAUUUCUUUAUAUAGAAAAAUACAACCAUGUUUUGUUCAGUAUUGCUGUGAUGGAAAUGCUCAAUGGUGAAAUACAUAAUUAUUUGUCUAGAGUCUAGACCAGACCGCGUGUUCUUCUGCCUGCUCAUCCAGAAUGCUCAAAAUUGUUUCGAAGAAAUGAAUUCGAAAUAAAAUUAUA